UUGCAAACAAAUAUGUCACAUUAUGAGUAUGGAGAUGCAGAAGAAAGUUUCGAUGAUUCUCAGAACGAAAUUCAUCGCAAGAAAUUCGUGGGUGUCAAGGAGUACCAAGGAGCAGGAUCUAAGUUCUACUGAGCGGCCAUAGCCCCCAGGAGAGGCUAUACCCUCUUAGGAGAUGAUGAUACCAUUACUCUCUGGAACUUUACUGACAAUGAGCCACUUGAGUAUAAUUCUACACUGACUUCAGAAGCAUGAGUCUGUGACUUUACAAAAGAUGAGAAAUAUGGGAUAGUUGGGUCAAAGAAAGGGACAGUCAUUCUCUGGAACUAUGAUUCAAAUAAAACAAUCGCUGUUUUAAAAGGUCAUAUGAAUCGAGUUAGUGCCAUUGGAGUUCCCUCUGACCCAGAUUGAAAGUAUUUAGCUUCUGGUUCCUGAGAUACUAAUAUCAAACUCUGGGACCUUCGCAAGAGGAAAGCUGUCCGUACAUUUAAAGGCCAUGAAGAUAAAAUUACAGGUAUUGACAUCUCUCCUGAUACUCAAUAUCUUGCAUCUUCAAGUUUAGAUGGGACUGUCAAGAUUUGGGAUAUAUAGUAGCUGAUAAAAUUAUGAAAACAUUCCCUGCGUCAACAGUUUUGGGAGUUAAGGCUAUAAAGUUUAAUCCAACACAAUACUGAGUGGCUGCUUCCUGAGGAGACAGAAGGAUUAGGUACUAUGACCUCAAUACGCUUGAACUAAUCAGUGCUUCUGCAAAAGAUACUCAGUCAUGCUCUAAUAUCUGCUUUAAAGAAGACGGAAGCUGUCUGUAUGCUUCUAAUACUGAUAACAUGAAGAUUUAUGACCUUGAAGCUAAUAAGAUAUUGGAUAUUAUUAUGAAAUCACACAGAAAAAAUCUUGAUUUGAAGUAUAAUGAUUCACAUAUAAUGAUUGCUGACCAAACGAGUAAGUCCGUCAUUGUCUCUAGCGUCGAUGAGUCAUUGCUAAAUUAUUCUGCUGAUGUCAAGAUCAGCAAGUCUGUAUCGCACUCAAAAGGGAGUGCAGUUGAAAACUCAUUUUCUACUAAAAAUCGCUCGAAUGUAAGCUACCAAACUCCAUACAAAGAUCGAAGUCAUGAUACAGCUCAUUUUGGUAAAAAAUUCAAGCGGCAAGGUAGUGUGAUCAGGAAUAAGAAAUCAGUACUGGCUAACAGCGGUAUGAGCUUUAUGAGACAAGAUUCUUACACAAAGCCGACUGAUAAUGCUCCUUAUACUAACAAUAGUUAUGAUAUUUCAGAGUUUGAUAAUCUCACUCCAAAGCCUCAGAGAGAGGUUAUCUCAGCUUUCCAUCCAGCUUCACCUCCAACUAUCAACGCUGUAGAUACUAGAGAAAUUGUGAAUAAAAUAACUAAUAACCAUUCUAAGGUCUUACAGCUAAUGAAGAACAGGAAGAGCCAGUUAUGGAACCUUCAGCAGUUUUGGGCAAGUGGUAAUUCUCUCCGAACUCUUCAGACACUUCUGAGGUGAAACGACACCAGCCUAAUGAAGGACUUUUUUGAAUAUACCUUUGCUAAAUAACAAAAAUCUCGAAUGUGUCACUCUUGAUUGUGCUCUGAUUGUCAUCAAGCUCUUGAGGCUAUUAGUAUGUAAACCUCAUGCUGAGUUUCAUGAAUGAGCAAGAACGUCCUUCAGAAAUUUCUUUAAGCAUAUGAAACCGAUCAUUUCUGAUCUCAAGCUAUCCCAAAUUUCUACGAUGGUUGAUAUCGCUAGAGAAGAAAGAGUAGAGAAAUGAGAUAGGCUCCUAGUUGAGCUCAGAGAUCUCCAUUCCUCUGAUGAGUCUGAGCUACUAUAUGUUGACAACAUAGUUAUCAAGUCUGAAAUCAAUGAAUUGUUGCGUAAGAUAAUCUAGAACAAACUCAGGUUCAA